AUGUCGCGUUCAGUCGCGACUUGGCUCGACUUUGCUGGCCUCACGGGCACAAAGUGCUUCCGCAACGCGUAUCUGGUGGGCAUCACCGCCGGCUUUUCUGCUGGCUCGUUUGCCUUUCUCAAGACAUGGAACGGCCUCCGCGCCGGCAACUGGGCCAUCGGCGCGUUUGCAGUCGGUACCAUGGCUGCGUGGCACACUUGCUCCCAUUUUCACAACGAACACGUCAAGAAGAUGCAUGCCCUUGCUGACCAGCUCAAUCGCAAGCAGGCCGAGCUCAACGACAGAUCGCCCGAGCCGCCCACAACAACACCGCCGUCAUCGUGA